UGUAAUACACACAGACUGCCUGGGCUGCUGUCGAUUGUUGCACAAAACGCCUCCCAAAUAGCACAAAUUCAUCUCUGAAAUUCAAACUUGUGGUGUUAUUGAGGAGGAUACAUUCCAAGCUUGAUCAUGCAGUUCGGUGGUGAGCGAAAAAAUGCCCACCAGAGGCAGCAGAGGGGCCGAGGGAAGGCUCGACUUAGCGGGGACAACUCGUCACAAUACACCCACCGAUUGCAGUUCUACCGUCUGCCACCUACCGACAACAUCUCCCUGAAUGAAUUCGAAGAAUUCGCCAUUUCCCGGGUGAAAGUUCUUCGUCAUGUUGAGCAAGCUGGUCAGAGUUACGUACGAGGGACUGAGAAGUACAAAGAGUACAUGGAUAAAGAGUUGAGGCACUUGAUGCCACUAGCUGUCAGAAAGGAUCUUAAAGAUGAUUUUGAGGAGCGACGGAAGGAUCACAUAUCUCACUUCAUUCUGAGGCUGGCUUACUGUAAAUCCGAGGAUUUGAGACGUUGGUUCAUUUCUCAGGAGAUGGAUUUGUUCCGUUAUCGUUUCUUAAUGGAAACUGAUAAGAGAGAAGUUACACGUUUCUUACAAGAAAAUGAUUUACAAUUCACACCGAUUCCUGAAGAUGAGAAGAAGCAGAUAGCUAAGUACCUUUGUGCUAGUAGUUUCAGCAUGACCAUGGCUAUGAUAGAACACACAGACUUCUAUAAGGUACCAUUCACCGAAGCUCUUGAUCUUGUCCGAGGCAGAAAGGUUUAUCUUCACAAGGGUUGGGCUUACGUUCCUCAUAAUGACUUGGUCUCCAUCAUACUAAGUGCUUUCAGGUCCCACCUGUCUCAAGCUCUUGCAGUGACAGCAAGAAGCAUUCCUCAUCUUGAGGAGGAUGAUCGUCUUCUACCGAUGCUCAACAAUCUCAGCAAACAAUAUCUGGGCCAGAACUACAGCAGUGUCAAAACCAACACGGGCAAGAUUGAACUUAAAGACAUGGAUAUGCAUGCAAGGAAGUCAUUCCCACUGUGUAUGCGCCAACUUCACACAGAGUUACGUGAGAACCAUCACAUUCGUCAUCAUGGUCGGAUGCAGUAUGGUCUAUUCCUCAAAGGGAUUGGAUUGACUCUGGAACAAGCUUUGACAUUCUGGAGAAGUGAAUUCAGCAAGAUUAUGGAAGUAGAUAAGUUUGAUAAGCAGUAUGCGUACAACGUCCGUCAUAGUUACGGCAAAGAAGGCAAGCGUACGGACUAUACCCCAUACAGCUGUAUGAAGAUCAUUAUGACCAAUGCCCCAGCAACUGGAGACCAUCACGGAUGCCCAUUCCGUCAUACAGACAGUAAGUUACUGAAGCAGCGUCUUGCUUCUUACAAGGUCAAUCAGGCAGGAGUUGAUGAGAUUAUUGACUUGGUAAACAAAUCUCACUACCAAGUUGCCUGCUCCAAAUACUUCAUGUUAACCCACAAUAAUGCUAAGACUGAUGUUAGCAUCCAACAUCCGAACCAAUAUUUUGAAGAGAGUAUGAAGAUUCUGAGUGGUGACAAGAAGUAUGAAGGAUCUGGAAGAUUUUCGUCCCCACGUCCCUCCCAAUCGAACAAGCCACCAUCACAGAGACCAGUAGAACAACCCUCACAGAACCAAGACACGACAACCAAAGCUACUGACGACCAGUUUGAAGAUGAAUUUAAUAUGUCUUUUGAAGAGCUCGAAGCCAUGGAGAAAGAGGCAAUGGAAAAAGUUUCUGCAUAAUAAAACGGCAAGAUCCAGUCAUAUGGGACAGAAUAAAGCAUGGGAGAAACGGCUGUUGUGUAAACUUUCAGAAGCCAUGGGGGAAGUGUCUGCAGAAUAAAUUGUAAAAUCUGCGGCCAUCCUGUGAAGAAGUUAUGUGAAUGAUGGACAGAAUGAAAGUUGGGGGAAAUGGCUGCCGUGUAAACUUUCACGAGCUUUGUGGACACAUUCUGCAGAGUAAAACGGCAAAAAUCUGCAGCCACCAAGUGCAGAAUGAAACAGAAUCGUCUGGUGGUUAAAAUAGCGGCUCUACUUGACUGGAUGUUGAAGACAUGUGAGCGAUUUCAAACUUGUUUUUCAGCCUUCUCAAAAUGGAGACCCCCAGAAAUGUGGAUAAUUGCGAGUUGCUGCGAGCCUUGUGUUAAAAUUUGAUAAAAAAAUAGUCCCAUAAACAAAUUUCAAAGGUAUUUUUGUUGCAAAGAACAAUAGAUUUAUUAUGAAUAUACAAUUGAAUUUUCAAUUUUUAUUUGGAGGAUUGGUUCAUGAAAACUGGCAGCGAGUGGGAGUUAUACAUGUAUAAAGUUUAGUAUUGGGAAGAGUAAAUAAACAGGACCCGAAAUCUGUACAUAGGUUACCCCCCCCCCCCGUACUUAUCCAUGUAUUGCAAAAUAUUAUUGCAAUGGUUGCAUGCUGUAUAAGGAGUUGAAUUCGUGGGAUGUACACCUCCUCUUCUGAAUCAAUUGCCAGUCGUUAACGAUCAAAAUCCCCAAUUGAUAAUAGUGUUCUUGGGCCAAAAACUAUUUCCAGGAAAUUUAUGUAGUAAAAUUAAUUGACCACAUCCAUUUCACGCCCGGUUCAUACUUCCUGCGAAUAUAAAGCGAAUUUCAGCGUCACAUGGCUAAUUUUGCAGAGACCGUUUCGCAGGAAUUGUUGCAAAUUGUUUUCUGUGAAUUCGUGAAAUAAAAAUUAGUGUCGCAUUCGCAGGCAAUAUAAACCAGACUUUACGUUUGUCAUAAAAAAAAUGGUUUUAAAUUAAAUUAACACAACAGACUUCAAAAUAAAGCAGAACGACAACUUCAGUUACUUUGCUUCUAUUAUAUUUGUUUUAUUGUCAACCAUUUCCCUAUGGAUGUGAACAAUGUUAUUGGUGUUAAAUUCAUUUCACAAAAAGUGUUUCCAGGAGUCACAUAUUAGAGGGUGGUUGUCGGUAGACUGUUUCUGAGGGUUUAUCUUCCCUUGAAGUAGUCAUUGAGGACAU